AUGGUGGAAACCUAUUACUUAAAAGUGAUGUCAAACCUUGACCAACAGCAAGUUGCUGGUGUUGGUGUUGAGGGGGUUGUUGGCUCAUUUCCUGAGUUACCCCCUUCAACUCAGCAGCAGCAACCUGUUGCUGCUGGUGAGGGCUCAUCUGAGCCUUCUCAGCAGCAACAAGAAGGUGAUGCAGCUGAUGCUACUAAAGCUAAACCAACUUAUAACUCUGAUACUAAAAUUAAUGGGACUUCUACCCUUAGAUCCCAUAUUCUUUCAUGCUUUAAGAACCCUCAUAGUAAAGAUACUAGACAUGCCUUGUUAACUCUACAACUUGUUGAUGCAUGUCCUAAUGAAAAUGAGGGUAAGGGACAAUUGGGGACUUGGAAAUUUAAUCAAGAAGACAUUAGGAAAGCACUGUCUUAUAUGCUAAUCAUUGAUGAGCUACCUUUUAGGUUUGUUGAGGGUAUGGGGUUUAAGAAACUAAUGAGUGUUGCAUGCCCUAGGUUUCAUAUUCCUUCUAGAUGGACUGUUAACCGAGACUGCUAUCAAAUGUUUCUUGAUGAAAGGUUGAAUUUGAAAAAUACAUUGAGAAGUGGAAGCCAAAGAGUUAGUAUCACAACAGACACAUGGACUAGUAUUCAACGUGUUAAUUAUAUGUGUGUUACUUGCCAUUGGAUAGAUAAUGACUGGCUGCUUCAUAAAAGAAUCAUUAAUCUUGUACCUGUUUGUGGGCAUAAAGGGGACUACAUAAGUAAAACACUUGAGAAUUGUUUGCUGGGUUGGGGUCUGAAAAAUAUUUUCACAGUGACUAUGGAUAAUGCUGGUAAUAAUAACACUGCAAUUGCUGCAUUUAAGAAAAAACUCAUGUCUUGGGGGACUGAUGUGUCUAGAUGUGAAUAUUUGCAUAUGAGAUGUAUUGCACAUGUCAUUAAUUUGGUUGUAUCUGAUGGCUUGAAAGAAAUGAGUAGCUCUGUUAAGAAAGUUAGAGAUUGUGUCCGUUACAUUAGGAACAGUCCAUCUAGACUUAAGAAAUUUAAAGACCUCAUUGCUGAUGCUAAACUUGGCACCAAAAAGUCCCUCUGUCUUGAUGUGGCAACCAGGUGGAAUUCCACUUAUCUUAUGCUUGACACUGCUUGUUUAUUUCAGUCUGUUUUUGAGAGUUAUGAAGCAUCUGAUGAGAAUUUUAGGUCUGAUAUGAUUGAAAGCAUUCCUAAUUUUUUUGAUUGGGAAAUUGUUAAGAAAUUUGCUACUUGCAUGUCCUAUUUCUAUGUCACAACUUUAAGAAUUUCUGGUUCUUUGUAUGUCACAUCCAACAUGCAUUUUCAAGAGAUUUGUGACCUUUCUAUUAUGUUGGAUGAAAUGCUUGUUAAUGAGGACAUAAAAAUUGUGCAAAUGGGCAGAAAAAUGAGGGAAAAGUUUAACAAAUACUGGGGUGAUCCUCAGAAGAUGAAUGUUUUGAUUUUUUUUUCACAUGUCUUUGAUCCAACAAACAAAAUGAAACAUCUCCUGUUUGCUUUAUCUAGUUUAUUUGGGUCUGAUGAAGGACCAAAAUUGUUUCAAACUGUCAAUGAUAAGUUGACUAGUCUGUUUGUUGAGUAUCAAAAGGCCUCUGUGAAUGCUACUUCAUCUGCAUAUGUGAGUCUUAGUCAAUCUUCAGAGGGUGUUUCUGCUCAAACACCAGUCCUGCCACCACCUGCAAAGAAACAUAUGUCCCUUAUGAAGGCCAAAUUUGAUAUUCAGAAUAAGGGUAUAGAAAGUGAUAGUAGGAAAUCUGAGCUGGAAGUGUACCUGAGUGAAGCUACGGUUGAGAAUGAUGAUGCAUUCAAUAUUUUGAAGUGGUGGAAGCUAAACUCAGGGAGAUUUCCAAUCCUUUCGAGGAUGGCUCGAGAUAUUCUUGCUGUUCCUAUCUCUACUGUUGCCUCUGAAUCUGCUUUCAGUACUUCUGGAAGAAUACUGGACUGCUUUAGGAGUUCUUUUACUCCAAGAUUGGUGGAAGCGCUGGUGUGCACUCAGGAUUGGCUUAGAGCAGAAUCCUCCCCUUUGGUGAUUGAAGAGUGCUUGGAAGAAUUGGAACCAUUUGAGCAAGGUUAUAGUUGCCCAACUAAGAAGUUGGACUCUUGCUGCUUUUUGCUUUUGUGUGGCAACUUGUUUAAGUCUGUUUUUGUACUUGCUUUUAAGUUUGAGUUUUUGGGCUAUGAUGAAGCUUCCACCACUUCAUAUAAUCUGAAACAUAAUGCCUUGACAUAUUUGCAUGAUGAGGCUCUUUUUUGUAUUCUGAAAAAUUUGAAGGGCUUUAGCAAAAUUGGCCCUUGA